AUGUCUGAUGAAGAAAUUAAUCGAAGAUUUAAAUUAUUUGACUUUGGCAGCAAAGGCUAUCUAUCGCCCGAGGAGUACAAGGCCUUCUGUUAUUCGAUGCUGAGACGGCCAAAAGAUAUAAAAGGCAACAAAGUACACAGGGAUGAUAUAACUGACACUAUAAACGAACCUAAAGACUACACGGGAUACUUUGAAUUCCUGGCGUGUGGCGGUAAAUACAUCACGUACGAUACAAUGAAACAAGCCUUAGCCAAGCUAAAUCUGGCAGAUGAUGACAUCAAAGAGAUGAUAACGUAUUUUAACGAACAAGGAAUACUGAGCUACAACGAAUUUGCGAAGAUAUUUGAUUAGCAAGUACAUGAAGGCAAUUUGGUUAUCUUGUCACCAAUAAGAAUUGAGUACCGUACUUAGAGGCUUACGUUUGGCUUAUGAUAUGUUCGUUAUAACGUUACAAUAGGGCAAAGAAACCACUGAAAUUAUACCACUAAGAUAUUUUAUGAUGUGAUAGAUAGCAUGGUAAUUGAUAACUAAACACAAAUAUUGCACUAAGAUAUUUUAUGAUGUGAUAGAUGGCAUGGUAAUUGAUAACUAAACAC